AUGCAAGAGGAUAAGCAACACGUUCAUCGUGUUAGUAGUGAUUGCAGCGAUGAAGAUUACAGUAACACCGUUGGCUACAUAUCUAUGAAAGAUUAUGCGUACGAUGAGUCUCAUGUACUUCAUUCCGGCUACUUCCAGCAUAUCAAUAGUAACAACAAUGGCAUGCCUCCAAAUAAUCCAGAUUUUAAUAUUUACAAUGAACACUAUAUGUAUAAUUAUUAUAACCACAAUGAUCAUGGCGAUGAAAUAGAGGGCGGAUAUAACAACCGCACAGAAGUUGAUGAAGAUGAGGUAACAGAUGAGAAGCGACAGAGCAUAAUACUGCCUAAUGAAUAUGUGGUGAAUAGGAAGGCUAUUGCCUUGUAUGAUUUUGUGCCUGAAAAUGACAACGAGCUAAUGUUGAAAGAAGGAGACGUGGUAUACAUCAGCUAUAAACAUGCACAAGGUUGGCUAGUGGCAGAAAACUAUAUGAAGACUAGGACUGGGUUAGUACCAGAAGAAUACGUAUCUAUUUUUGAGGAUUAUGAGGAAUCCGAGGCCGAUGAUCGAGUCGGAGACCAAUAUGAAAGCGGGCAAGCAAGGCCCCAUUAUCUUACACAUAUGAUUACUGAAAGUCUUACAGCAGCAGCGAAGCAGUCUUCCCAAAAGAUUUCAGAGGAUAGCGAGUGGGAAGAUAUUGACGAGGAAGAGGAACAAGAAGCUUCAUCUGAGGGACAGAAUGAUAUCAGAAUGGGCCUAAUUGAUAUAGAAAGUUCCAUGAAGGACAAACUGACCUUAUCAUAA